AUGGCACAAUCACCUGAUGAAAUCUAUGAAGAAUUAUUCGAAGAUGUUCAACUUUCACAUAUAUUUUCUGAUUCGAAAACGUUUUGUGAUGUCAUUCCGCGUGAACUUUCACCAAAUGAAAUUCUUGAAAAAUAUCGACAAGAAAAAAUCAAAUCAACAUUUGAUCUUUCUUCCUUUGUUUUCAAUCAUUUUAUUAUACCAAAUACAACAAGUAUUGUCAAUGAAACACGAUGUACAAUUGAGGAAUAUUGUCAUCGUCUAUGGCCAUUGUUAACACGAAGAAUAACACACGAAAACUAUUCAUCUUUAAUUGAAGUUCCAUAUCCAUUUAUUGUACCUGGUGGACGUUUUAGAGAGUUUUAUUAUUGGGAUACUUAUUUUAGUAUGUUGGGUUUAGUUCGAUCAAAAGAAAUCGAAUUAGCGAAUCAUAUGUUAGAGAAUUUUGCUUUUUUAACUCGAACUAUUGGACAUAUUCCAGGCGGAAAUCGGUCUUAUUAUGCAAGUCAAAGUCAACCACCAUUUUUUUCAUUAAUGGCAGAACUAUUAGGCCAGACAGAGAAAUAUAAAAAUGAAUUAGAAAUAGAAUAUGAAUUUUGGAUGACGACAAGAGCAGUUACAUUGAAUGAUGGAACAGUUCUUAAUCGUUAUUAUGUUGGUACAGGUAAUAAACCAAGACCAGAAGCUUUUCUUGAAGAUACAGAAACAGCUCACAAGUCAAAUAAUACAAAUAUUUACUUUGAUUUAACAGCAACUGGUGAAUGUGGUUGGGAUUUUAGUUCACGAUGGAUGGAAGAUGAAACUGAUUUAUCAACAACAAUAACUACGCAGAUUCUCCCAGUUGACUUAAACUGUUUACUAUAUCAUUUAGAAUUAGCUAUAGGUAAAACAACUAAAGCAGAACGUCGUCGUCAAGCAAUACAAAAAUACAUGUGGUCAGAUGAUCUUCAGUUCUUUACAGAUUAUAAUUUCAUUAAAAAAGAACUAACAAAUCGUUUAACUUUAGCUGGUUUAUUUCCAUUAUGGCUCAAUGUAGCAACACUAGAUCAAGCUAACCAUGUUGCUGGUAAAAUUGAAUCAUUAUUUUUAUAUGAUGGUGGUCUUGUAACAACGAUUGCAAAACAUAGUACUCAACAAUGGGAUUAUCCAAAUGGAUGGGCACCACUUCAGUAUGUUGCAUAUCGCAGUUUACUUAAAACUCCAGGAUAUGAGACACUUGCUCGAAUUAUCCGUCAACGAUGGAUGGCUUUAAAUGAACGUGUUUUUAAUGAAACAGGAAAAAUGAUGGAAAAAUAUGACGUUGUGAAUAUUAGUAAACCAGCCGGUGGCGGAGAAUAUGAAGUACAAGACGGCUUUGGAUGGACUAAUGGUGUUUAUUUAGAAAUGCUUCAUGAUCAACGAUUAGAAUCUUAA